UGAGAGUAAUUUCUCGUUUCUUCCUCGCUUCUCUUCCUCUUCGUCGCAGCCGUCCGGCGUUGUCCGUCCCUGUUGAACGUUUUACUACCCUCCUAUCCUCCAGUUGCUCUGUCUGCGUGGCACUGCUUUUAUUGUUUUCUCCUUCUGAGUCUACAUGAUUCUCUCGACCUAAAAUCGCUGAAGUGGCUUCGUCUUCGUUUUUCUUAACUCCAUCAUUGGCCCACAUUCUUCCAGCAUCCCGUUGAUCUACUCGAAGUUCGCCAGCUAGGGGCAAUCUAGAUGGCAUGGAUUCUGAUAACUGGUUGUCUACUCUCUGUAUGGGUAAUUUCACUGUGCAAAGUUCUUCUUCUGGCGCAUAUGUGUAAAAGGAAUUCUUUUAAGAAAAAUGGUAAAGCUCUUCGAAAGAGAAAUGUCUUGAUAGUUAUUGCGCACCCUGAUGAUGAGUCUAUGUUCUUCACUCCAACGAUAAAUUAUCUGAUUUCAAGGGGGCAUUAUAUUUAUAUUUUAUGCUUAUCUAUUGGUGAUGCAGAUAAUAGAGGAAGAAUCAGAAAACGAGAGCUCUUUCAAGCUUGUGCAACCCUCAAGGUUCCGAUGCAACAAGUGAAGGUUGUGGACCAUCCCGAUCUGCAGGAUGGUUUUGGUAAAGUUUGGAACCACAAGUUGGUGGCAAAUCUUGUCAAGGAAGAAAUAGGCAAGUACAACAUUGAUAUGAUUAUCACUUUUGACAAUUAUGGUGUUUCCGGUCAUUGUAAUCAUCGUGAUGUGUACUAUGGGGUGUGCGAGUUAUUAUAUGAUAUACCACACAGGGAAAUUGAAGCCUGGGAGCUGGUUAGCACCAACAUAUUGCGCAAGUACAUUGGACCUAUUGAUGUCUGGUUGUCCGUGUUUGUUGCUAUGCUUCAUUCAAAUGAAACAAUCCAGUUCUUGGUAAAUGAGCAUCCCUGUAGAAGCUUUCUUGCUAUGGCCCAACACUCAAGUCAGUGGGUCUGGUUCCGCAAGUGUUUUGUAGCAAUGUCGAGCUAUACAUAUAUGAACACACUCAGAAAGAUCAAGUGAAGUUACUGCAUAUAAAAUAUCUUGUGUUGCUAGUGAAGCGAGCAGCUUUCUAAUACAUGCUUGAUGCCCUUCUGUACAGCCAGCUUUAUCACAUGUUUCACAUAUUGGUUAUGGAGGAUAUUAGUUCUAUCCCUUUUAUUGAGUUUUCACUUCUUUCCCGUGCUAUUGCAUGAACAGUAGUUUCCACCUGUACUAGUUUUUCUCCUGCUGAUUUGGUCGUUAGAAUCUUGUAACUAGAUUAUUGUUCUACAAAACUUGAAUCUGAAUGUUGAGAAAAUGGGCAUAGUUGCAUCCAUAGUAGCAGCUCCUGAUGCUCUUACUAAUUUACA